AUGCCAUGGGGCAUGUUAUGGUACGGAACAGUGCGUUUUGUGGUUGAGUUUUUUCGUGAACCAGAUUAUCAAGUUGGUUAUUUGUGGCUUGAUUUAACCAUGGGAGUUGCUUUCAAUAUUUAUGAUUCUGCUAGGAAUAAUCGUGUAUUUGAGUGCAUUAAAUUCGAAAUUUAA